UGGGUCAGUGAAGCCUCAACUGUGUUGUGGCUUGAAGGGCAUUGUCUAUAUCGCGCAGAGGAGAAAUGCUCGUGGACAGCCCUAUUCCGGGAGUACGGGUGGCAUUCACUUCGAAUCUCUGCUCGGAUGACUUUCCUCAUCCGCAACCGCACCGUCAUCGCAGCCUGCAGCCAAGGUCAGCGCUGGGAUUGCAGUGGAGCCCGUCGGCAAACAGACCGAGCGAUUUGGGCAGGGGGAGAGGCCGUUGGCUGCAGUCGAAUGGGAUCGGAAGAUUUCGUGAAGGGUUUGGGGAAAAGUGACGAUACUUGCCGGAUAGAGUGGCGGUUCCCCACUGUUUCUGGGGAAUCCGGAGAGAUGGUCUCCACCGGGGUUCGACUUCUCGGGUCGAGGUUGGGCGUUGAAUUCGCUGUACUUGGCUCGGUCGCUUGGCUUGCUUGGACUUUUAAUUAAGGCUGGGCAGUGAGGACAGCCACUGCCGUCAUUUGUGGGAAUCUGAGGGGUUUGGGGUGUAUUGGAAAUAUAUUCCC